UGAUAUUUUUUUAAUAUAAAAAAAGGGAAAAGAAGCAGAGCAAGAACGAACACCUCAAAAUCUCUGCACUUGUUCAUCUUCAACUCAGCUACUCAACAACGACACCAACAUCCUCAUCCACUCCGCACACUACUUCUGUUGUCUCAAGGUAUUUCUUUACACUGAAAUUCAGUGAGGAUUUUGAAAAACCUGACUUUAUGGACGACAACGACUCUAACAUAAGGAGAUGGGAGGAUCUGGACAUAGAUAUUUUGGUGAAGAUUUUUCAGUUGCUUGACAUUUUUGAGUUGACGUCUGGCAUCUCUCGUGUUUGUAGUGCAUGGCGCAUGGCAUGCUGUGAUCCACUUCUUUGGAAAACGCUAGAUUUGUCAAUGCUAAAAUCUAAUUUCAUCAAGAUCCCAUUAGAGCCAUAUGUUUAUGUUGAUGAACGAUCUGAUAGGAUAUUAACGCGAUUGUUGAAGAUCUCUCUGGGUCUCAGCCGGCAGAGUAUAAUGACUUUGAUCUUCCAUUUCAAUUUGUACGUAAGUGAUGAACAGUUGACAUACACCGCUGAAAGGUGCCCGCGACUCAAACGACUUGUUCUGCCAGCUUGGAACAGAAUCAAGAAAACAGGAAUGUGCAAGGCCAUCCGGUGCUGGAAAGAGUUGGAGUCCCUGACAAUGCCUAGUAUAGCAAAUCCACCGUAUAUUUUGGAGGAAAUCUCAACCCACUGCAAGAACUUUAGUGAACUCAAGAUUAUGGGGCCAUGUGAUGUUUUCUUUGCUUCAUCUCUGGCUGCGUUUCUUCCAAACUUGAGAGUCUUGAGCCUUCGAUGCUCAAUGCUUUUUACGGAUGUUCUUGUUCUCAUUCUUGACAGCUUACAAAACUUAGAAGUGCUCAAUAUAUCACACUGUGUUCUGAUGGAAGCCCUUCCAGCUCCUCAACAUAAAAGAAUUGUUAAGGAAAUUGAUGUGACUAUUCGUCAGAAGGCUUCUCGGUUACGUGAAUUUCUCACAUGCAUGGAUGACAGUUGCGUCAUGUGCCAACGAACAAGAACUGACGAAGGAUUGGUUAGGUGGUACAAGUACGAGGAAGGGCUUUGGAAAACAGACGAGGUGAGGUCUCUCACGCUUUGAGCAAAAGAAAGCAAUCUGAUAGUGAUCUGGUCUUCAUCAUUUGUGACAUUUUCUGUUGUUUGAUGCUGCUACCUUAAGUGUAGAUCCAAAUAAACAAAGUUUGAUUCUUACAAAUGAAUGCUGGUGCACCCUUUAGGAGUUAGCCAAAUCUUGUAACUGUAUAUAGGAAUAAUAAGUUUUGUUUUUGUAGUUGGUUUUAUUUUGAGAAGUGUUUUCCAUCAUGAAAAAAAUGAUGAGACGAUAAUUUUGGUUCUUUACAGAGUGUAGAGGAGAUUAGUUUUGGGCUA